AUGCCUACCUUAUUUAAAUUGUUUGGCUUCGUUCUUCUGGUGAUUGAAACCCUCAUAGGAAUGGUGGGAAAUGGAUUCAUUGCUAUCGUGAACUGCAUUGACUGGUUUAGAAGCCGAAAACUAUCCCCAGCUGACAUGAUCCUCAGUUGUCUUAGCUUGUUCAGAUUUGCAUUUCAUGUCGUUUUGAUACGGGCUGAAAUAUUCAACCUCUUUCUCGUGAACCCUGUUCUGAUGCUGAACCUAAACAUUUCAUCUGAUUUCUCAUGGCUAUUUCUUAAUACGGCUAGCCUUUGGUUUGCCGCUUGGCUCAGUGUUUUGUACUGUGUAAAAAUCGCUAACUUCUCCCACCCUCUCUUCCUGCAAAUGAAGCGGAGAUUCCCUGGGCUGGUGCCUUGGCUGCUUCUGGGGACUGUGGUCUUCUCUGCAAUCACCACCACUGUGGCAUUAACAGGUAGCAACAUUUUUUCUAAAUGUAAUCUAUAUGAAUCACAUCUAAACAAGAACAAUGACUCAGCAAUUAACACAUCCAAUUCCUGUGAGUUUCUUAUCCUACUAUAUAUUUUUCCAAAUCUCUUUCCCUUCACGAUGUUUUUGUUCUCAUCCAUUUUAUUACUAACUUCUCUGUGGAGGCACAAAAAUCUGUUACAAAACAGCGCAAGGGAUGUCAGCACAGAAGUUCACCUGAAUGCCAUCAAAGCCCUGGCUUCUUUCUUCGUUCUCUAUGUAACUAACAUUUUUGUGGAAAUCUUGUCGAUAGUUUUCUUUUGGAAGGGCAUUAACGACAAUGGGGUGCAUUUAAUUCUUUUUAAUGUGAUUGCUGCAUAUUCCUCUGGUCAUGCCGUUAGCUUGAUCUUCAUGAGUCCCAAACUGAAACAGGAAUCAAUCAAGAUGCUACAUCAGCUAAGAUGCUGA